AUGACAGUCCAACGUAAAGUGAAACGUAGCUCAGCCUCUGAAGCGGACAAUGCAAAACGAGCACACUUAGAGGCUCCCAAGCGCAAAAACUUGAUUGUCAACGCUUUUCUCAUGGGAUCUGCUGGCAAUCAGUCCGUUGGGAUCUGGAGGCAUCCCCAGGAUAAAUCUUCAGAGCUGUACAAUUCUCCAGAAUAUUGGAUAAAUCUAGCUAAACUUCUCGAGAAAGGCAAGUUUAAUGCAGUUUUUCUGGCCGACGUAUUGGGACCUUAUGACGUUUACAAGGGUCCUUCCAAUUUUGAGCCAGUUGCAAAGGCAGGUUCUCAAUGGCCCAUUUCGGAUCCCAGCUACUUCAUUCCGCUAAUGGCAGCAGUUACAACGAAACUCGCGUUCGGCAUCACGAUUUCUACCAUUAGCGAACAACCAUACCACUUAGCUAGACGCUUAGGAACGCUCGAUCUGCUCUCAAACGGACGGGUUGGUUGGAACAUAGUUACGUCAUACUUGAACAGUGCCUCCAGAAAUCUGCUUGACGGAAAGAAUUUGCCUCCGAAUGAGGAGCGCUACGCGCGCGCCGGUGAAUAUGUUGACGUCAUCUACAAGCUGUUUUUGAGUUCAUGGAGAGAUGGAAGCUUCAGAGCCGAUAAAGAAACUGGAGUGUUCACCGAUCCAAAAGGCCUUAGACACAUCAAUCACGAGGGCAAGUAUUUCAAUGUCCCCGGACCAGCCAUCACUCAUCCCAGUAAGCAAAAGCUGCCCGUUAUUAUUCAGGCUGGUACUUCGCCCAAGGGAAAAGAUCUUUCCGCAAAGAAUGCUGAAGUCGUUUUCCUCGCCAGUUUGACUCCAGAAGCUCUAGGUGCCUCCAUCAAAGAUAUAAAACACAUUGCUUCUACAAAGUACCAUAGAGACCCAUCGAAGAUAAAGUUCGUUGGGCUCCUCACUGUUAUUCUGGGAAAUACUCAUGAAGAAGCUGAACACAAGUACAACGACUACAAGGCCAAUUAUGCUGACGAAGAGGGAGCUAAAGCCAUGUUUUCUGGCUGGACAGGUGUUGAUAUUGAUAAGUUUCGAGAUGAUGAGGUGCUUUCGAAUGUUGAUCAUAUUGCUGUCGCAUCAGCCGUCAAGAAGUGGCAAACUGCUUAUCCUAGGGUAGAAAAAUGGACAAAGAAGGCCAUUAUAGAGGAGAUCAAGGUGGGUGGAAGUGGCCCUGUUCUCAUUGGCACAGCAGAGGAAGUGGCGCUUGAAAUUCAGAACUGGGUGGACAUCUCUGAUAUUGACGGAUUUAACUUUGCUUACACUGUUCUCCCUCAAACAUUCGAAGAAAUUAUUGAUAGGUUGUUGCCUGAGCUUGAAAAACUUGGGCUGUUCUGGCAUGAUUAUCCUCCCUCCGCUGACUCUUCGGAGUACGUGACCUUCAGAGAACAAUUGUUUGGGCAGCCAUACCUUGACAAGACACAUCCAGCAUCAGAACUAAGAUGGGAAGCUGGUGAAACAGAAGAAGCUUACACAUUAAGACUAGAAGCGGCUUUAAAUAAGUUACAAUGA